CAACCUUCUUCGUUACUAUAAAUCCUUCCCCAUGAGAUUUGACCCCUCUUUGCUUCGUUAUCUCUCUACGCAUACCAAGGCGCCUGCAUCAUUUACAUAUUUCUGUCAGAUUCGAAGUGGAUGACUGCGUAUAUGUUAACAUAAGAAUGGCGAAGCCUCGAAAGGGAAAGAGUGAAGAGCAAAAUGGUGAGAUUUCCGAAGCCGUCAUUCGCCACCAGAAGCUCUGCGUCUCCAUUGACAUGGAAAAGAGACGAAUUUACGGCUUCACUGAGAUUGAAGUAUCUGUUCCGGACAAUGGGAUUGUGGAAUUGCACGCGGAUAACUUGGUCAUUGAAUCUGUGACAGUAGACGAAGAGCCUGCACAGUUUGAAGUGUUUCCACAUUAUUUGGAUUUGAAUAGUGGGGAUAGAUGGUGCUCUGUGUCAUCUGCUAGUUCUGCUGCUGAUGCAGCAGGGUCGGUUUACUUAUCUACUCUUGAUAGAGAGUUGGUCCCAAAUUUGCUCAUUAUGUGUACUACUACCAAGCCUGAGAGUGAACAGCUAGAAAAGCCUUCUGGGAAUGGGGUUAAACCUACAGUUGAAGAAGAGCAAGAAGAGACAGUGACUCUUGAUGGCGGGGUUAAAUCUUUAGCUGAAGAAAAACAGAAUGUUAAAAGACUGUGCAUUGACUAUUGGGUGGAGAAGGCAGAAACAGGAAUCCACUUUGAUGAUGAUGUUUUACAUACUGAUAACCAAAUAAGGCGUGCACGCUGUUGGUUCCCUUGCAUGGAUGACAAUUUGCAGCGUUGCUGCUAUGAUUUGGAGUUCACAGUAGCUAGUAAUCUCGUUGCAGUUAGCUCUGGAACUUUACUUUAUCAGGUCUUGAGCAAAGAUGAUCCUUCACGUAAGACGUAUGUAUAUAAAUUAGAUGUUCCUGUAACUGCCGGAUGGAUAUCCUUAGUUGUUGCACCUUUCGAAAUUGUUCCUGAUCGCCACAUUGCUCAACUAUCUCAUAUUUGUUUACCUCCUAACAUGUCAAAAAUGCGGAAUACUGUAGAGUUUUCUCAUAAUGCUUUCAGCCAUUAUGAGGAUUACCUUGGUGCACCAUUUCCUUUUGGGUCGUAUACACAAUUGUUUAUCUCUCCCGAUAUGGCAAUAUCAUCAUUUAGUUUUGGAGCUUCAAUGAGCAUCUUCACUUCUCAAUUUCUCUUUGAUGAGAAGGUCAUUGAUCAGACUAUAGAGACAAGGAUUAAACUUGCUUAUGCUCUUGCAAGACAAUGGUUUGGAGUCUAUAUUACCCCUGAAACUCCAAAUGAUGAUUGGUUGUUAGAUGGUCUAGCUGGAUUUUUAACUGAUACAUUUAUUAAAAAAUUCCUGGGAAGUAAUGAAGCACGGUAUCGGCGGUACAAGGCUAACUGUGCUGUUUGCCGAGCAGACGACAGUGGUGCUACUGCCUUAUGCUCCUCUGCUUCUUCCAAGGACCUAUAUGGGACACAUUGUAUUGGGUUUUAUGGAAAAAUUAGAGCCUGGAAGUCUGUUGCAGUUCUGCAGAUGUUGGAAAAGCAGAUGGGCCCCGAGCCCUUCCGUAAGAUUCUGCAGCAAAUAAUUUCAAAAGCGCAUGUCACAACGCGCUCAUCGAGGACCCUUAGUACUAAAGAGUUUAGGCACUUUGCAAAUAAAGUUGGGAAUCUUGAGCGACCUUUUCUAAAAGAAUUUUUCCCUCGUUGGAUUGGAUCAUGUGGCUGUCCAGCUCUAAAGAUGGGCUUCUCCUACAGCAAGAGAAAGAACAUGAUUGAAUUAGCAGCAUUGCGUGGAUGUACAGCUAGACCAGAUACAAAUACACCCGUGCCCAGUGGUAAUGUUGAUCCUGAAAACCGAGAAAGUGAUAUCGGAUGGCCUGGUAUGAUGAGCAUACGCGUUUAUGAGAUAGAUGGCAUGUAUGACCAUCCAAUACUUCCUAUGACUGGGGAGUCUUGGCAGCUUCUUGAAAUACAAUGUCAUUCCAGACUUGCUGCAAAACGCUUUCAAAAACCAAAAAAAGGCUCAAAACCUGAUGGUUCUGAUGAAAAUGAAGCUGUAACUGCCAUAGACAUGCGCUCAACCUCUGAUUCACCAUUGUUGUGGCUCCGGGCUGAUCCGGAAAUGGAGUAUUUAGCUGAAGUUAUUUUUAAUCAACCAGUUCAGAUGUGGAUAAAUCAGCUGGAAAGGGACAAAGAUGUCAUUGCACAGGUGCAAGCCAUUGCAAUACUUCAGGCGUUGCCGCAUCUUUCAUUCUCUGUUAUUAAUGCGCUCAACAGCAUCCUCAAUGACCCUAAGGUUUUCUGGAAAGUUCGGAUUGAGGCAGCAUUCGCCCUAGCUAAUACUGCAUCUGAGGAAACUGAUUGGGCUGGCUUGCUCCAUUUGAUUGCGUUCUACAAAAGUCGAAGAUUUGAUUCUAAUAUUGGACUUCCCAAGCCGAAUGACUUUCAAGAUUUUCCAGAGUAUUUUGUACUUGAGGCUAUUCCACAUGCCAUUGCAUCUGUAAGAACGACAGAUAAGAGAAGCCCAAGAGAUGCUGUUGAAUUUGUUUUACAACUUCUUAAGUAUAAUGAUAACAGUGGGAACAUCUAUUCUGAUGUGUGCUGGCUGGCUGCUCUUGUCCAAUCCAUUGGCGAACUUGAAUUUGGACAACAGAGCAUUGUUUAUUUGCCAUCCCUUCUGAAGCGACUCGAUCAACUUUUACAGUUUGAUAGGUUGAUGCCUAGCCACAACGGGAUUCUGACUGUAAGCUGCAUCCGAUCAUUGACCAAAAUUGCUGUGAAACUUUCAGAAUUUGUACCUCUUAAUAACGUAAUUGAGUUCAUUGAAAAAUUUCGAUCUUCCAAUUCAAUAUGGCAUGUUCGAGUUGAAGCAAGUAGGUCACUCCUUGAUCUUGAGUUUCAGUGCAAAGGCAUUGAAGCUGCAUUGGCAUUGUUCAUCAAAUACUUGGGCGAAGAGUCUUCUUUAAGAGGUCAGGUAAAGCUUGGUGUGCAUGCUAUGAGGCUAUGUCAGAUAAGAAAUGAAUCAGAUUACUGCCAUGAAGUGAAGAGUGAAACCCUUGUUUCAUUGCUUCGCCUUCUUGAGAGCCCUAUCUCAUUCAAUAACGUGUAUCUCCGUCAUUACAUCUUCUGCAUUUUACAAGUCCUUGCCAGAAGAACUCCAACACUACAUGGAUUGCCAAGAGAUGAGAGCAUGGGUCAUGCCAAGACUUGCAGUGAGCUUAAGAAUAUUUUUGCUGCCCUCGUCAAACAAUCUAAUCCAUCUGACUUUCAUAUGGACGAGUUUAUGGUUAGACAUGAUGACCCAAUUGCUUUAGAGAUUCCUGCAGAAGUAGCUGGUCCUGCACUUUGUCUAGAUGGACUUGGAAAAGAUGUUCCCUCGAUUCCAGGGACUCUGAAAGAAGCCGAUGAUCAGUACCAUAGAAUAACAAAAGAUGGUCCUUGUGCUCAACCUCAUGACAUAGUUGUUGCAGAGAAAAUAGACGCCUUACCUGUCGGUUGUAUACCAAUGUCUUCAAUGGCUGACAUUCCCCAAGAUGGUAAACUUGUGGCAGAUAUACAUAGUUUAGCUACUGAAGUGCCUAAUGAGGCAAAUUUUGCUGCUGGUGCUUGUGCACGAUUGCAUGACAUACCACUUUCUUCGGAACAUCCUGUUCUUCCUGAAAUCCAUGAACACAUAAAACCAGAACAGACUCCGUGUCCCAAGGAUGUUCCGGUUACAUGCUCUAUGGAAGAAAGUGUUCUUGAAAGUCACAAACCCGGUGAUAGCAUUUUACAAGAUGGUUUGCUGAACGCAGCGGAGGCUUCUAGAGAACAUGAAACCAUUUCUUUUAGGCAUGAUAGAAAGAAACCUGUUUUUCGAAUCAAAGUUAAAAAGUCUACUGCAUCCAGCUGCGCUGGGGAUCUAGACAAUGCAACGCUGGAUAAAACUCAUGAUGGUCUUCAUGGCAUUGAUCGCGUGGCAAGCAGUUCUGUCUCUGUAGAUGCAAUACGAAAUGGUCUUGAGGUCACAAAUGUUAAUAGUCAGAAUAUUGAGGAUCAUUCUUGUCAUGAUGUUGGCUCUAGAGUAACUGCUAGCAUUGGUAGUGUAAAAGUUGCCACAGAUGGUGAAGAAAUAUUAAAAGAGCUCCAGUGUACUGCUGAAUCAAGUAAAGUUUCUUUACCGAAGCUUCCUGAUCAAAUUCCUAUUGGAAUUGGUGGAGAUGGUGUCGCAGAUAUGGUUGGUCCUAAAUUUGGAAGUUUACAGUCACUAUCUUUCUCUAGGCCUGAUGUUCAUUGUAGUUCAAUCGAUACAAUUAAUCUUCACAAUGAUGACAAUAAAGGAAAACAUAAGAAAAGGCACAGGGAUGAGAAGAGCGGUAAAAAACACAAAAAUAAGCUUGAUGAUCUGGAGUACUUGGAGCGAAAAAGAUUAAAGAAGGAGAAGAAGCGUAAAGAGAAAAAGAUGGCAAAACUCUCGGAUGAUAGGGCAAGGCCUUCAUCUUCUGGGGAGAUACAAAAACACAGAGAAAAUAUUCAAAGUGAAGUGAAGUUGCUUAAAGGUGAUGAUGCCCCUAAUAGUAAUAGUAUAAUUGAUCCAAGCCAUAAAGAAGAUGAAGCUACACUUAGGGUAGCUAUGGGCGGCCUUCCAACAAAUCCAUCAGUGUCUAAUUUGUACAUGAGGAAUGCAGAUCCUCGUACGAAAGAUAUAGCUUUACAAUUUAGAAUGAGAGAGUCAGUUAGAGAAAAGUUGGAAACUGAUAGAGCAGAUACUACCCCUGCCCCUGUAAUUGCAUCUAGAGAUAGUGUAGUCCCCUCUGCUGCUCCUGCAAGCUCUUCACAUAAAUUUAAGAUCACAAUUAAAAAGAGGACACUGGAAAAAUCAUGAUUGUUUUUAUUCUGCAGAUAGGAACUUUUGUGAAUUUUAAUGUUUGCUGUUUAGUGGUAGAGCUAAAUGUUGUAUUUACUGGUACUUGAAUUCCAAAACUGAUGGUGGGUGCACCUGAAUUCUCGGGGAGACUAGUAGUAUCCUCUGUAUCACUGUAUGUUCUAAUUCAUGAAAUGCGCUUCUUCUGUAAACUUCGUUAGGUCA